AUGCCGGAACAUACAAUUGCUACAAGAAUCCGCCGUCAUGUACAGGUCCAACUUCCAUCCUCGACCCGUAUCCGCAUGCGCAUACGCAUCCUCACCGCCGACCUCAUGUCGCGAUCAACGCAGUGGAAGGCCAUGACGGUCAUGACCGUCGACGGCUUCGGCUUCGCCCUGGCCAAGUCUGCGCAGACGUUUCUCAUCGAACAGGCUCUAUGUCGAAGCUUCUAUGCCAUCCGUGACCCCGCCGUCAUCCGCCCGGACGGCAGUGUGCCCGAGGACAUGUGCAAGACGGACGAUCUGCAGUCCCAGGUCGCCUUCUUGUCCAGCACGCUCAACUUUACGCUCUUGAUUGCCAGCUUUCUGGCCACACCGGUCUUUGCCCGCCUGGCGUUGACCGUCGGAAAGAGGACUGUGCUUCUCAUCAACGCCGCGAGCUACAUGUUGCGCAUGAUACUAUUCACAGCCGUGGUGUACUUUUAUACCUUCACCGACGUCCGCUGGGUGCUUCUGCUGUGGGUUUUGGAGCUGGUGGGAGGCGGGAUGCCAGUACGAGAGGUCUUGCUGUGGAUGUACAUGGCCGAGAGCGUCCCGGAAGACGGACUAACGGGCGCUUUUAAUGUCUUGAGCGCCAUUCUCAUCGGGAUGAUGGCCGUCGGGACCUUUAUCGGCGCUCUGCUUCUCAGGCAGCACGUCUGGCUGCUGUGCUCGAUAGUCAUCUGCAUUUGCGCCCUGGUCAUGCUACUAAUCUGCCUGCUUCCGAACCAUCACAAAUCUCUCUACCCCGAGGAAGAGGACAUCUUGGGUGGCGAGGAUAGUCCCCGUUCGUCCGCCUCACAGGCGUCAUCACCAGCCACUUCGCUUCUCAACGGAGAGCAAGACGGCCGCGGCGCCUCGCAGGGCCCUCCGCCCUUGUGGCAGACCGUCCUUCGUGCUGCCACGGUCGAUCUGCUGCUCUCCAUACAGUUCGUCGUGCAGGCGCUCCAUAAUCCUCUCACCCUGAGAGUCAUGAGCAUAUUCUUCACUUACACCUUGGCCGGGACUGUUUCCGGCACCUCCCAGCAAUGGGCCUCGAGCACUUUUCACACGAGCCUGGCCGACGUGGACAAGGUCACCUCCAUGGAACAGGUCGUCUCUGCCAUUGUCCUGUUUUCUCUGCCCACCGUCUCGCAGCGACUGCUGCGGCCGCGCUUGCGCAGCAAACAGAACACAGACCUUUCGGUCAUCACGGCCAGCUUGGUAUUGUGUGCGUUUGGCGCCCUUGUCAUGUCCCUGGCGCCGUCUAUUGGCAUUUACGCUGUGGGCGUGGCCGUCUCCGCCCUCGGCGUCGGUCUGGCCGAUUCAUUGCGAUCGUUUGCCACCAGUGCCUUGUCCGACACCGAGACGCUGGAAAGCCUCUACAUGAGCAUUCGCACCAUGCAGUCGCUGGCAGCUAUCGUCGGCACGCCGCUGUGGGGAGGCAUUUUCCUUCUCAUCUUGAAGAGCGACGGAGGAUUGCCGCCUGGCCUUCUCUUCUUCGCUACUAGUAUCGUCUUCCUUGUCUCUUUGUAUUCAACGAUGCCGUUGCGCGGAUACAGAUAG